UCGUGACGUCACCAACUUUUACGGAAGCGAUGGUGGCGGCCUUGUCAGCUGGUCAGAGGAAUGUGUGUUUGUAAUGAAGAGAUAAUUUUUCUCGAUUAAGCUUUUAUAAUAACUGUGUCGGACUUUCUCUCCGGAUCUUGCUGGAUAUAAAGAGUUAUUUCCCACAGCUGGAGCCGGCUUGUGUGAGCCUGUAGCCGGGCGCAGGCUAACAUGUCCCUGUUCCAGUCGGCACUGGAUUUCCUAUCCGGGCCCGGCUCGUCCGGAGCGGCCAGCCGGGACCAGAAUGACUUCGUCGGACAAGUUGUUGAGCUCGGUGACUUGAAACUAAGGAUCAAGAGGGUGAUCGCAGAAGGAGGAUUUGCCUUUGUUUAUGAAGCCCAAGACAUGGGCAGCAGUAAAGACUACGCCCUCAAGAGACUUUUGUCCAAUGAGGAAGAGAAGAACAAAGAAAUCAUACAGGAGGUCUGUUUCAUGAAAAAGCUCUCGGGUCAUCCCAAUAUGGUUCAGUUCUGCUCUGCUGCUUCCAUCAGCAAGGAAGAGUCGGAUACUGGCCAGGCCGAGUUUCUGAUCCUCACUGAGCUGUGCAGGGGCCAGCUGGUGGAUUUUAUUAAGCGAGUGGAGCAGAGGGCGCCACUCUCAUGUGACACUGUGCUGAAAAUUUUCUACCAGACAUGCCGUGCUGUGCAGCACAUGCACAAACAGAAGCCUCCAAUCAUCCACAGAGACCUCAAGAUCGAGAACCUCUUGAUUAGUAAUCAGGGCACCAUCAAGCUCUGUGACUUUGGCAGUGCCACCACUGUGUCACAUUACCCCGACUACAGCUGGUCGGCACAGAAGAGGUCCAUGGUGGAGGAUGAGAUUACAAGGAACACCACUCCAGCCUAUCGAACCCCGGAGAUGAUUGAUCUCUACUCCAAUUUCCCUAUCAAUGAGAAACAAGACAUCUGGGCCCUUGGGUGCAUCCUCUACCUGUUGUGUUUUAAGCAGCAUCCAUUUGAAGAGGGAGCCAAGCUGCAAAUAGUCAACGGGAAAUACUCCAUCCCUCAGAAUGAUGUCAAGUACACUGUAUAUCAUGAUCUCAUACGUUCAAUGUUGAAGGUAAACCCAGAGGAGCGUUUGUCCAUUACAGAGCUGGUCAACCAGCUUCAGGAGAUCGCUGCAGCACGCAAUGUCAACCCAAAGUCUCCCGUUACAGAGCUGCUGGAACAGAACGGUGGCUUUGGCAACAACGCAGCGCAGCCGCCCACUCAGAUGCACAAUGUCCACAAUAAUGCAGGUGUGUAUGAUCCUGAUCAGUCUGGCAGUGGCCUCCUGGAUAUUUUAAGGGGAGGGACAGAACGCUUCCUGACCAACAUAAAGGAUACAUCCUCAAAAGUCAUUCAGUCAGUAGCCAGCAAUCCAAGCUAUGCGAAAGGAGACCUAGAUAUUUCAUAUAUCACCUCCAGGAUAGCAGUCAUGUCUUUCCCCGCAGAGGGGGUAGAGUCUGCAAUAAAGAACAAUAUUGAAGACGUCCGUCUCUUCCUGGAUUCGCGACAUGCUGGUCACUAUGCUGUUUACAACCUCUCCAAACGCUCAUACAGGCCUUCUCGGUUUCACAACAGGGUUUCAGAGUGUAACUGGCAGGUGCGCCGCGCUCCCAACCUCCGCAGUCUGUACAGUGUAUGUAAGAACAUGCACCUGUGGCUCAAACAGGACCAGAGGAACAUCUGUAUUGUACAUUGUCUGGAUGGCAGAGCAGCAUCAGCCGUUGCAGUGUGUUCCUUCCUGUGUUUUUGUCGUCUUUUUACCACGGCUGAGGCUGCUGUCUACAUGUUCUCCAUGAAACGGUGUCCUCCUGGAAUAACUCCCUCACACAAGAGGUAUAUAGAGUAUAUGUGUGACAUGAUGGCAGAGGAGCCCAUUAUCCCUCACAACAAGCCUAUAAUCAUUCGCUCCAUUAUCAUGACACCUGUACCACUUUUCAACAAGCAGCGGAAUGGGUGUAGGCCAUUCUGUGAAGUUUAUGUUGGAGAUGAGAGGAUCCUCACUACAUCACAGGAGUACGACAAAAUGAAGGAUUUUAAGAUGGAGGAUGGCAGAGCAGAGAUUCCAGUCAAUGUGACCGUCCAAGGAGACGUGCUGGUGGUUAUCUAUCACGCAAGAUCUACACUGGGAGGACGUCUACAAGCCAAGAUGGCAUCAAUGAAAAUGUUUCAGAUCCAGUUUCACACAGGUUUUGUUCCAAGAAAUGCAACCACUGUCAAGUUUGCCAAGUAUGACCUGGAUGCAUGCGACAUUCAGGAAAAGUACCCAGACUUGUUCCAGGUCAAUCUGGACAUCGAGGUUGAGCCCAGGGAGAGACCCAGCACCAGAAGCCCUCCUUGGGAGGGCUUCCAAACGAAGGGCCUGAACCCCAAAAUUCUUUUCUCAUCUCGUGAUGAACAGCAGGAGAUCCUCAGCAAAUUUGGUAAGCCUGAGCUUCCUCGUCAGCCAGGUUCUUCAGCAUUUUAUGAUUCCGAGUCGCCCCAGUCCGCUCAGACCCCAGAAAGCUCCAGCACAACAGAACUAGAAUCUCCUGAGAGCACAGACACCAAUGCCAAUAACUUCUUCCAGACACUGGAUUGGGAUGAUGUGAGUGGCUGUCAGGAUGCUUCAGACAGUCAGGGAAUCGGAUCCAUGAACGAUCAGGAGGACCUGAGCGAUGAGUCAGAAGGAGAGUCCUGCUCUUUCUCUGCACCGAGUGUGGAGCCUCUGUCACGGGAUCCCAGUGAGCCCUUAUUUGACACAGACUUCCAGAGCUCUGAUCCUGCAGACCAGGAAAGUCCUUCUGGUGACACAGCUGACCUCUUAGGAUUGAAUUCUGGCCCCGAACCUCUUCCUCCUUCCUCAAACACAUCCUCAGCACCUCAUCAAAGGACACAAAGUGGCCUGAAAGCUGCAUCUAGUAACAGUGACCUCCUAAAUGAUCUGUUUGCGCCCCCCACUGGAAAAACAGAAGCAUUACAGGAUGACUUGUUUCUCAGUGGACCAUCCAGUGGCGCUACAUCAGAAACAAAAUCUGCGGCCUCGGGUGACCUGUUUGAUCCAUUUGGGAUGGGGUCUGGCUCUGGCAUUAGAUCAUCUCGACAGGCCUCUGGUCCAGACCUGUUUGGAGACUUGCUGGGAUCUGAUAGUUCAACUACCAGUGGGGUCAGUUCAGCUCAUAGUAACCCUGCUGCUGUUUCAAACUCCAGCCUGUUCAGCCUUAAUAAGAUUGGAAAAGGUACUGCUAAGAUGACCUCUUCAGCCAGUCAACCAGAUCUGCUGGGUGGGUGGGACAGCUGGGCAGCUGGUUCUUCAGCUGGCAUGAGCGGUGCCACCAGCAAACCCCACUACACCAACACAGUGUCUGGAGCGCCACCGAUCUCAAAGGCCAAGUCUCAAACCUUCGAUCCAUUUGCUGAUCUGGGAAAUCUUGGCUCCAACUUAACAGGUUCUUCCAGCAGCAGUAGUUUUUCUGCUUCUGCUUUCACAAACAAGGCUCCUUCCUCCUCUUCUUCCUCUUCCACUGCUAAAAGCCACCACCAGCCCUGGCAGCACGGAAGACCAAACUCAGCCCAGAACAAAGCUUGGCUGUCUGGAUCUGGAACUGCACCCAAAUCAUCUUCAGUGUCCCAACAUGCAGGAGCGCAGUCCACCAAACCCAACUACAACCUGAACUUUUCCAGUGUAAUCGGUGGCAGGGAAGAGAGGGGAGUUCGCCCACCUGGAUUUGGCCCUAAACCCAAAGUAAAGGAGGAUGAUUUUGAGGAUUUACUGUCAACUCAGGGUUUUGCCUCUAAAUUUGACAAGAAAGGACCAAGAACCAUUGCUGAAAUGAGAAGACAAGAGAUCACUAAAGAUAUGGAUCCACUUAAAUUACAGAUUUUGGACUGGAUUGAGGGAAAGGAGCGCAACAUCCGAGCACUGCUGUCAACUCUGCACACGGUGCUCUGGGAGGGCGAAACACGCUGGAAGCCCAUCAGCAUGGCUGAUGUAGUGACACCUGACCAAGUGAAGAAGUACUACAGGAAGGCUGUUCUGGUCGUCCAUCCAGAUAAGGCAACAGGCAAGCCUUAUGAACAGUACGCCAAAAUGAUCUUCAUGGAACUGAACGACGCAUGGUCAGAGUUUGAGAAUCAGGGAUCCAAAGCACUCUUCUAAAACCCUGGUCUGGAUCCCAGCCAGAUCAGACCAAAACUGGACUGGAUUUGGCCUAAACAACAAGGGUUAGACUGGGCCAGAUUGGACCAGACUGAGCCCACAUUGGGCCUUGGGGAGCGCAGAGCCUCUGAGAGGUGUCCUCUCUAUAUUCCCUUCAUUCCCCCCCCCCCCACCACCACCACCACCACACACACACACACACACACACACACACACACACAAAAUUAAGGAAACCACCUUCUCUCAUCUGGGUCUUAUGAAAAUGUCCUCACUGGUUCACAGACAAACUUACACGAUCAACUGCAUUGAGGAAGACAAAAUGGCAAAAACAUCAAAUGAAGGGCUUUGAAAGUAGCCAUGAGAGAGUUUGUGUCUGUGCACAUUCAGAUGUUGGUGAAGCUUGUCUGUUAACUGGUGAAGGUAGUUCUGGUCACUUGGGUCACAACAACAUGUCUGCCAAAGUGGGUGCUGACCUUUAAAAAGUGUUGUCUCAUAAAAUGGCUCAAGUGAAUCCUGAAGCACACAGCAACUGUUGGGCUGAAGGUUGUUUUGUCUCUAAUGCAGAAUCAGGAACAAAAUGUGACUAAGACAGAUUUUUGUGUGCUGGUGAUAAUAUCCAAUAACACUUUGAAGUGCCACUGCUGCAUCUUUUUGGGGAAACUUGAUCCCCCCCCAGAGACUUUUCUUUCCAGAAGGACAAAUAGACUGACUUAAAGACCUUUCAAGACCUGCCUCCUGAAUACUCCUAGUACUGCUUCUCUGUGAACACACACUCCUCAGAUGUUAAAAUCUUCAUGUUAAAUCUAGCUUGUGGCAAAAAAUAGAAGAAAUGCCGUUUUGUUUUGGAAUCCACUACAGUCCCAAACUUGUUGCUUGUUUUUGAAGUGCUCUUCUUCACCAAAAUGCUGGCAACUUCUUCCAUUCUACAUGCUGCAUGCUCUCAAACACAAACUGAACCUCGAAACAGUCCAUGAGUAAUGUUUGGUUUCGUUGAUGGGGUGCUCUUUCCUUGUAGCAGAGACAUGAUUGUGGCACUCCACACCAUCCCAGAGUAAACAGUCUUCAUCACUGUCAUAAAA